ACAGGCUGUGUGUUGUUGGUAUACGCAGGAUUCCCCGGAACGAGUAAGGAGGGAGAGCUCCUUCAUGAGAGGAUCACCCGUGGUCAGGUAGCAGCAACCUACGCCAGCACGACACCCGUGACCACGCCCACGACGGGCUCUGAGUGGCUCGGAGCCUUCCUUCAAGUACCUCAACAGCCAAUAGCAGAGAGAGUUAACGCACUUGAAAAGUUAAUUGGUUCGACUAUCAACAAAGACACGCCCCUUGUACUGGUAGCGAUUAACUCCCAGACCUAAUGUAUAAAAGCGCUUGUCAAUCUUGAAACGGGUCUUAUGGGUGUGCCGUGAAGUAGUGUGUGAGACGCUAGCUAACUUUGCAAACAUGCAGUGGACGCGCUACCUUCUACUGACCCUGGUGCUACUGCAGGCGCUGACGGAAGCCAAACGCAGGAAGAAUAACAACAGAGCGAGAGAAAAUAGAAGAAAUCAACUUCAAUCCGAUAGAACACGCAAUACUGAAACAGGGAUGAUGGAUGAACCACAGCCGCCACGGGAGGUAACUGAGGUUCCUCACCACCGUGGGGAGCACCAGCGUUCUAACCACCACCAUCGUUCAUCACAGCAGCAACAGGAGCAGCACCAUCAAUCGAAUUUCCAACUUCCUCUCGAGGAGGAAUACGACCCGCUGCCCUCAGAACAAAUAUAUUGUCAAAGCUGUUAUCAGUUACAAAUGCGUAAGAACUUGAGGUUAGCACAGAUAAAAGACAGAGUGUUGACAGCUACGGGCCUAUUGACCCCUCCCAACAUGACCGGAGUAGUGAUAUCUCAAAAUCCAAACAUCCAGGGGAUUAUAGAAGAAAUGCGGACGUCGGUACCUCAGACAGCCUACAUGCAGGAGCCUCCGUACAAUGACGACGAGCCAGAGAGCAAGACAGAGAAGAUGUUCUCCCCCGUAGAACCAGGUAACAACUACUCCUCACAUUCAGCACCCCCCGGACUCCGCAUACCACCAGAAAUAGACGUGCUCUACUUUAAACUAAACCACGAGCAGCUGGGGAACCGGGUGAAGAGAGCCAUCCUCCACGUCUGGCUCAAACCCAUGCACUCCGAGCUGGACCGCACCGUGCCCAUCACUGUAUACAAGGUGUCAAGGCCCGAGAGUUUGGGCGGCUUCAUCAGGACCAAUGAGGUGACGACGGUAUCUGAAUCCUUCGACGCUCGGAAAGGUAACUGGGUGAAGAUCGAAGUGUACAAGUUACUACAAGAGUGGCUCAAUAAACCCAACGACAACCUGGGGCUGGUGGUGACUGCCUACGACUCACAGGGUAGACAAGUGGCCGUCACCGACCCCAAUGAGAUGCCUUCUAACGCGCCGCUACUGGAGAUCCACACGGAGGAGACGAGGAAGAGUCGGUCUCGACGUAACAGUGGCAACAACUUCUUCUGCACCAACAACAAGAAGGAGUCGCGCUGUUGUCGCUAUCAACUCGUCGUCAACUUUAUCGAGUUAGGUUGGGACUUCAUCGUCGCCCCCAAGACAUACGAAGCCAACUUCUGUAACGGUGAAUGCCCCUUCCUGUACGCCCACAAGUACGCCCACACCUCGCUCGUCCAGAAGUUGAACAGCAGCAACGCCCAUCACGGCCCUUGUUGCGGCGCCAGGAAGCUGUCGCCCAUGAAGAUGCUCUACUACGACCAUGACCAUAAAAUCAAAUUUGAUACCAUCCAAGACAUGGUAGUAGACCGCUGCGGCUGCUCCUAAGCCUAUGCUAGGUAUCCACUACUAAACCGUUCUUUCCAAUAAAGAUCUGUGAUGGAGAGUAGAUUUAAAUUAGGCUCGUAUUCCAGUGUCCAGUCCAAACACAAUUUGUAAACGUUGUUAUUGUUCCCUUGUAAAUACUGAACAAAAAUCCUUUUAAUAUCAAUGCAAUUUAUAACUAAAGUAUCUCACUCUUAUGUUUACGAAGUAAGAGUUAUUACACACCACUACUCAGUCAACUAGCGGCCUGGCGGAAGUGUUGUGCGCUGUUCUCUCUAGAGGCAAAACUAAAAUUUAAAACGCCGUGAUUUUUUUGUGUAGAUAUUUAGUUACACGGCUGGUUAAAAUCUCCAUACAUUAGAAAAAAAAAUAUUUGAGCAGUAUUACCUUGUACGGAGUUCUAUGUACAUGUCUUUAGGAAAUUUUAGUAAUACCAGAGUAAAAUCAACCCUGAGUCUCCAUAUUCCACUAAGAAUACCGUAGCGUUCACCAACACUUGUGAUCUCAAACUCAUCGAUUCAUUAACAAGAUGAGGACAACAUCUUGGUGACCAUUUCAUUAGUCCAAUAAAUGUCAUCAUAUUUUUUACAACGUAGAACUAAUCACAAAUAUCUCCAACACUUACACAUGUUAAAUUGUUUGAACUAUUUCUAGUUUUUGAUACUUUGCCGCGUGGAGAAAAAUACCAUAGUUACCAUCACAAGUCAGAUAAGUACUUUGUCCAUUAUAGCUCGUAAAGACAUUGUACGUCAGGUAUUCUUGACAAUAUGUCUGGGCUGCACCAGGUAACCUAAUUAGCAUAUUUACGCUAACUCUGGUGAUCUAAGUAGCAUGUGUAAACUACGCCAGGUACCCUAAUUAGCAUGUCUGAGUUUAACCAGGUGCGCUGGACGAUAUGUCUGAAAUAAGUGUAUGGCUAUUCUACUUAAGGCCCACUACCAGUAGCUAACAGUUAUCAUCAGAUCAAGACGUGGUGUAUUGGUCUGGAGACUGGAAUGCACACGCCCAACUUUCUUUGCUCUUCUGCUUUCACCAAGAAUGAACAGUCCGUUGCAAGGGCUUACUGGAAAAUUGAAGGCCACGUGCUAUACUGUACGUACCCAGGUGCCCCGGUGUUUUAUUUUAUUUCAUUUCUUUUCGUGGAUUACGAAAUUCGAAAAUAUUUUUAUCUGAUUAUAUUGGCCUCCUUUACUUCUGUUUCUUCCCCAGACUUACUUGGAUAUUUCUUUAGGCCUACUUGAAUGAUUAUGCACCUGGGCAAGGGUUAUAUGUGAGGUCUUGUAGUCGUAAAUUUGCGGGCGCUAUUGUGAAUAUGUCAUGGGACUGAGUGUACAUGUAUACCUAUGUGCAUAAUCCUUUUACAUCUAUGUGAAUAUACCUGUAGGUCCAUGUGAACGAGUCUAUAGAAUAUAAUGUAAGCCUAUCUGAAUAAUCAUGUGAGCCUAUUGUCAAUAACACUGUGAACCUCUGACACUCCCUUAAAGGACGUGAUCAAGAGACUCGGUGGUCUGACACUGGUGGUAGUCUCAAAAUUCCAGGUAAUUCAAAAAAAAAAAAAAAAGAUUCUAUUCGCAACACACUUAGCAGCUUUGAACACAAGAAUCCCUUAAAAUUUGCAGCCUCACAUUUUUCCAAUCAUGUACUUAUCUGUAUGCUAACACAAUAUUACUUCAUCCAGCCCCAUACCCGGAUUAUACCCGGACUAGCAACACAGGCUAGGGUGUUCUUCCGUUGGACUAGAUAAUCUUAACCACAACAACAGAGCACUGGAGAGGAGACCGAAUGUUUUUGUAGCUUUUUUAUAUAUAUAUAGAUGCAAAUUAUUUGAAAUUCUGACGGGACUCUCAUGACGUGCACGCCUGUACGUCAUGUUAAGCUCCACAAAAGCUCAAAUGAACGAAUGGAUAAUGAUGACCACUGUUGUUGACACCUUCUGCGCUUUUUUGUGCUUCUAGCUUGCUGUUGUUGUGUACAUGACAGUGAGAACGUUGGUGGAUAUCCAGUGGUGCGUUCGUGGAGAAGAUCCAUUAAUGUGUUCGUGUAGGAACUCCACAAGUGCGUUUGUAGAAGGGAUCCACUAAUGCCUUUGUGAAGCUCCACUAGUGCGUCUGUGAAGCUCCACUAGUACGUCUGUGAAGCUCCACUAGUACGUCUGUGAAGCUCCACUAGUACGUCUGUCAAGCUCCAGUUCUGUGUCUGUGAAGCUCCACUGGUACGUCUGUCAAGCUCCAGUAGUGCGUCUGUGAAGCUCCACUAGUGCGUCUGUGAAGCUCUACUAGUACGUCUGUGAAGCUCCACUGGUACGUCUGUCAAGCUCCAGUUCUGUGUCUGUGAAGCUCCACUGGUACGUCUGUCAAGCUCCAGUUCUGCGUCUGUGAAGCUCCACUGGUACGUCUGUGAAGCUCCAGUUCUGCGUCUGUGAAGCUCCACUAGAGCGUCUAUGAAGCUCCACUGGUGGGGAUCCACUGCUAUUGCCCGUCGUCUGGCGUUCGUUCGCCUUCUAAGGAACAACCACGUAAUUGUGUUCAUAAAAGUGUCGUACAGCGAUUAUCGAAGUCUUACAAGCACUUUCUGUCCACAAAAAGUGCAAAGUACAAAUAAAACAAUUCGUAGUUAAGAAAUUUAUUUAGUAUAAGAUUGUAAAAUAAGCUGAAACACUUUAUUAGAAAUUCUUUUGUUUCAAUCCUGGCGGGACGUCUGAUGCGCACUGUGGUGUCGGCCGUGAGGUAGCAUAUGAUAUGAUAAUGGCUGACUAACACAAUAAGGAUGUGUAGUACUAAGUAAACAGGUGAAUAUGUCAAUGGUUUUCGUUAUUUUGUGUUCGGGAAAAGCCAACAUUGAAAUCAGAAAUAUAAAACUAAUUUCUCAGUGUCUUUUGCUGAUGUUCAUAUAUUAUUCGUUUCUUCAGAAAUAAUUAAACUACAGUGUAAUUUACCAACCUUCUUACGCACUUAAAGACCUUAGUUGUUGGCGGAACUAUAACGUCAAAUUACAAGCUGUCGGUGUAAUAAUGUACUUCUGUUUUCUGUCUUUAUAUAACAAGGGCACAGUUUGGCCGCUGUACAUGGCCAGAUCUUCCCUCCCCUCACCAUCAUGGACAGACCAUUCCUCUCCCCACUAUCAUGGCCAGACCUACCCUCUCCCCACCACUAUGGUCA